CAACUCCCAGACGAACCCAGCCACCAACCUGUUACGUAAUGACCUGAGAGCGCUGCUAUCGCCGCCUAUCACCUUCUGUUUGCUAAGUAGCUAUCUGUACGAGAAAGUGGGUGUAAUGGGUAGAUGCGGGCACUAACGUGGGGAAAAUAACGCGCGUGUCAGAGCAUCACACCUCUAAAAACCACAACCAUGUUUGGCCGAUCACGGAGCUGGGUUGGAGGACAGGGGAAAACGAAAAACAUCCAUUCCUUGGAUCAUUUGAAGUACAUGUACCAUGUCCUGACGAAAAACACCACAGUGACAGACCACAACAGAAACCUUCUCGUGGAGACCAUCCGCUCCAUCACAGAGAUUCUCAUCUGGGGGGACCAGAAUGACAGCUCUGUAUUUGACUUCUUCCUGGAGAAGAACAUGUUUGCCUUCUUCCUGAACAUCCUGCGUCAGAAGUCGGGACGCUAUGUGUGCGUCCAGCUCCUCCAGACCCUCAACAUACUGUUUGAGAACAUCAGCCAUGAGACUUCCCUAUAUUACCUCUUGUCCAACAACCACGUCAACUCCAUCAUCGUCCACAAAUUUGACUUCUCAGACGAGGAGAUCAUGGCCUACUAUAUCUCCUUCCUCAAGACCCUGUCACUUAAACUCAACAACCACACUGUGCACUUCUUCUACAAUGAGCACACUAAUGACUUUGCCCUGUACACCGAGGCCAUUAAGUUUUUCAACCACCCUGAAAGCAUGGUCCGCAUCGCAGUCCGGACCAUCACACUCAAUGUCUACAAAGUGGACAACCAGCACAUGCUGCACUACAUCCGAGAUAAGACAGCGGUUCCAUAUUUCAGCAACUUGGUCUGGUUUAUUGGCAGCCAUGUCAUCGAACUGGACAAGUGUGUGCAGACAGAUGAAGAGCAUAAGAACAGAGGAAAGUUAAGUGACCUGGUAGCAGAGCACCUUGACCACCUGCACUACCUGAAUGAUAUCCUCAUCAUCAACUGUGAAUUCCUCAAUGACGUUUUGACCGAUCACCUCCUCAACCGUUUGUUCCUGCCCCUCUACGUCUACUCUUUGGUUAUCCCCGAGACGUCUGACGAGCGAAAGAUCAACCCUCAGGUGUCCCUGUACCUGCUGUCUCAAGUGUUUCUGAUCAUCCACUAUCAGCCGAUGGUCAACGCCCUGGCUGAAGUUAUACUCAAUGGAGACCUGUCCGUCUUCACCCCACAGACGGACAUACACAGCACGCACAAGAACACGACCAGUGCAGGAGGUGUGCGUCGCUUCACCAAGCCCCCAGAGUCUCUGGAGCGCUCUCUGGAGCUGUCCCGCCACCGCGGCCGCAAGAGAACUCAGAAGAGGCCAAACUAUAAGAACCUGGGCGAGGAGGAGGACGACGAAAGGGCAGGGGGAGGGGGAGGAGGAGGAGGUGGUGGAGGAGGAGUAGAGGAAGGCUGGGACGACGACAGCAGCAGAGGAGGAGAGAGGGAGGGAGGUCGAGAGAGGGAGAAGGGAAAAGGUACAGAGGGAGUAGGAGGAGGAGGAGGAGGUGGGAGUUCUAAGGGAAGCAGAGCGAGUGGGGAGACGGCGGAAGAGAUAGAGAUGGUGGUGAUGGAGAAGUGUAAGGUGUCAGAGCUGACGGAGCAGAACAUCACUGAUGAAGAAAAGACGGCUGCAGCCACCCGCACACACACACAGAGGAGCAGGCCCUUCUUAGACAUGGUGUACAGUGCUCUCGACUGUACCAACGAUGACUACCAUGCCCUGUUUGUCCUCUGCCUGCUUUAUGCUGUCUCACACAGCAAAGGGAUCAACAGAGACCUGCUGGAGCGUCUGCAGUUGCCGGUUCCUGACCAGGAGAAGAGCUCCUACAGCCUGGUGCUGGUAGAGAGACUCAUCAGAGUAAUGAGCCAAGCAGCACAGCCAGAUGGUAAGGUGCGUCUAGCUACCCUGGAGCUGACCUGCCUGUUAUUAAAGCAGUCUGUGCUGUCUGGAAACCACUGUCUAAUCAAAGACGUACAUCUGGCCUGCCUGGAGGGUGCAAGAGAAGAAAGUCUGCAUUUACUGCGGAGAUUCUACAAGGGCGAGGAGAUCUUUCUGGACAUGUUUGAAGAUGAAUACAGGAGCAUGACGAGUAAACCUCUGAAUGUGGAGUAUCUCAUGAUGGAUGCCUCAGUGCUGCUGCCGCCCACCGGGACCCCUCUGACAGGCAUCGACUUUGUCAAGAGACUUCCCUGUGGAGACGUGGAGAAGACACGCAGGGCGAUCCGCGUGUUCUUCAUGUUACGGUCCCUAUCGCUUCAGCUUCAGGGAGAACCUGAGACGCAGCUGCCUCUGACCAGACCUGAAGACCUCAUCAAGACAGAUGAUGUCUUAGACCUCAAUAACAGUGACCUCAUAGCCUGUAUGGUGGUCAGUAAAGAUGGCGGCCAGGCCCAGAGGUUCCUCGCUGUGGAUGUGUACCAGAUGAGUCUGGUCGAACCAGAAACCAAGAGGCUCGGAUGGGGUGUAGUGAAGUUCGCCGGCCUUCUGCAAGACAUGCAGGUGUCUGGCGUUGAGGAUGACAGCAGAGCGCUGAACAUCGUCAUCCAUAAGCCCAGCUCCAACCCCCACGCCAAGCCCCUGCCCAUCCUGCAGGCUAACUUCAUCUUCGCCGACCACAUCCGCUGCAUCAUCGCCAAGCAGAGACUGGCCAAGGGUCGCAUCCAGGCCCGACGCAUGAAGAUGCAGAGGAUCGCAGCUCUGCUGGACCUGCCUGUGCAGCCCAGCGCCACGGAGGUGUUGGGUUUCGGUCAGACAGCCAACGCUUCACCCAGCGGCCUGCCUUUCCGCUUCUACGAGCAGUCGAGACGGGCGCCCAAUGACCCCACGGCAAACAGAUCAGUCUUCGCCUCCGUCGAUAAAGUACCAGGUUUUGCAGUGGCUCACUGUGUGUCGCAGCACAGUCCCUCGCCCCUCUCCUCCCCCUCGCCUCCCUCCAGUGGGAGUGGGAGCACAGGAAGAUGUGACUCUGUUACUGCGAGCACUAUAUCAGCUCAGAGCCCCACAGAUGAUGGCACAUUUUUGGAGCACACCCCGCCCUCCUCCUCAGGCGGAGAAGGGGAAGGAGGAGGUGGAGAAGUAACGCUGGUCUCCUCUGCCCCAGUCUCUGCUCAGGCCCUGGCCCCGAGCCUCACCCCGGCCUCCCAGCCCACCAUCUCGCUCCUCACCGACAACAACGCAGACACCCUCAGCGUGGAGUCGCUCACACUGUUGCCCCCCGCGGACUCGCCGCACCUGCACCCCUGCGCCAGCCACGUUCCCACGACGCACUCCCUCCAGAGACCAGAGGCCUCCAUCGCGGAGGAGGAGGAAGGUGAGGAAGAAAAAGAGGGCAAUAGGGAAGGAGAGAAAAGAGAAGAGGAGGAGCUGGAGGAGGAAGAGGGGUCGCCAAUGGAUGAGACGGAAACAGAUGCAACGGUAAAAGAGGAAACCACAACAACAGAGCUGGUCACCCCCGGUGACGAGACACCAGAGGGAGAAGACACACCUCCAGAGGUGAGUAGAGACCAGUUCUCUGCUGCAGAGCUGCAAGAAAGAGACGACUCAGCAGAAUACACAGAAGACACGGAGAACCGCACUGAGACACCAGACUCUCCCGAACUCGAUUAAACAACACACACAAUCAUGUUUAUGCACUCAAACAUUUCUCUCACACACUAAGAGGACAGUGAGGUGUGAUAGUCCAACUAUCCAGCUUGACUGCAGUAUAUUUUCAUGUUGCGACGUGUAGACAGUGUGUGGUGUGAAUAGUCAUCAGAGGAUUUUGGAGGCAUCUCAACAUUUUGUGUUUGCACAUGAAGAAAGACUCUUUUUACAGCGGACAAGACACCGAUGGAGCUGGACGAAGGCUCAAAGCACACUUGGGUUUCUGUGCACUCUGAGCGUGUCCGCUUGUGUUUUUAGCGAGCGCGCGUAAAGGCGCGCAACCAGCAAUGUUUUCUACUCAUUCUGAUCGAUUUGUUUGUCAGCUCAAACAAACACGCACGCCACAUGCUGCUGCUGUGAGCUCUUUAUCCACAUGUGAGGUUUGAAGAGACCUGCUCUAUUUUUGUGUCUUGUGAUUCACCACUCAUGUUUGUGGUGGUGGCCACUUCUAUGCUAACACACACAGUUCACACUGCUGCACUUGCCUUUUAACCGCUGCAUGUCAGACCCGUUAGCAGUUACUGCCACCUAGAACUGCUACUGAGGAGAUGUGUGUGUGUGUGUGUGUGUGUGUGUGUGUGUACGUCUCAAAUGAUUCGGCCACCAUGGUUGUGUGUGUGUUUUCUACAUUUUAUUAAGUUGUUAUCGUGUAAAGUCAUGAUCCAUUCAUUUCCCAUUUAUUAACUGGAAUCUAUUAUAGAAAAUGUGUUAAUUAAUCCGCAGCAUCUCGGGCAACGAGGGAGCAGGUCUCAGACUAUAAACGUUAAUUUGUGAUGUCGCAGCUCACAUCUAAUAUCAGAUCUUUUAAAGUGUUGUGCCCUGCUUGUAAACAUUUGGGUCAGUUCAUCUUGGAUGCAAGGUGAGGUGUGUGAAAGCAGCUUUUUGAUUGUCAUCACAGCCAACAGCACACAGUUGGUUGAUCUCUGGGUUGACAGUUUCGCACAGGUUGCUCGUGUGCAGUGUAACAAAGCAUUUUCUUCAUCACAUAUGCAACAGCAGUCAGCAAACCUUUGUGGAUUCACUUUUAUUUUUAGGUCACUAACAGGUCACAGCCUGAAGGAAUUAGAUAACGUGUGUUUAUUCACAGAGGGGAUUUAUCAAUCAGCAACCUGACUGACAGAAUAAUUGAUUUGAUGGAUCUGAAUGGAGCUGAAUAAGUGGUACAGUAGUAAUACAUAAUUAAUAGCAGUUCACUGAGUGGUAGUAAAUAAUUUAAUUGAGUCAGGCCACGCAGGCAUUCAGUCAUUCUCGACACAAAGAAUCUCAACUGGUCUUUUACUCACUGUAAGGUGGAGUAUAGUUUGAUAUAUUUAGGAAAAUAGAUUAAAAAAAGUUUCAUUGCUUUUUUAAAUUCAAUUCUAACAGCUUCACAGAGUGAUGUCAGAGUAGUGUCAUAGAUAUCAGUGACUUGAAAGAGUCAUGAGACACAGUUUGAAAUUACAGCCAUGUCUUCAGAUCUGCCAACUUUCACAACAACACUGAGUUGAAUGUAUCUGCUGGUUGCCCCUCAGGCACUGACCUGAGCUCAGUUUUCCUCUCCAUAUAUAUGAGAAUGGGUUCAAAUAGAUAAAUGCUCUUAACGCUUUUAUGUGUCGGGAACAUCCUGUCUGUAAUAUGAUAAACUGUCAAAACAGGAUGCUGAGCAUGAUGGUGAGACUUGAAACAACCAUUUUCCAGGAAAGAAAAAUAAUUCUGUUGAUAUUUACCUCAGAAACAAACAAAAGAUUACAUUACGAUCUUAAAGUGGGCACACAGCUACGUUUAAAAUCUUUAACCCCAAGAAACAAAAGCUCUCUGAGGUCAGUGUCGAGAGGCAAACCCCUCCUCCUUUAAUCAGCUGGAUAAAGCUUUACUACUGCAAUAAUCUAAGAGCUAACCAAUGAGGGGAGAGAUGAAUGUAACAGACUACUUAUCUCUCCAAACACUGGUGUUAUUUGAUCAUUCUAAAUAGGAUCAGUGUAUUUUAUCCUUAAUUCAUGACUUUAUUUGUAAAUUUUAGGAACAAAAGCAGUUUUGUGGAUUCUUUAGGACAUAUUUUCUCUCCUUCUCUUCAACCUUUUUAAUCCUUUUACGAACUUCUUUUCCCUUCCGACUUCUUUUCUGUGCCAUUACCUAACAGCUAAAGUCUUAAUGCUCGAUCAUUCUUAUUUUUUAACUCUGUACAGUCAUCAAGGAGUUUAUAAAGAGGAAAUUUAGAGCAAUAGUUUUUUUGGGGUUUUUUUUUUUUUUUUUGAGUCUGUCUCUUUUUCCAUCUUGCUACUGUAAAAAGCAGACGAAUGAUAGUGAAGUCCACUGGCGUGCUGAAGAGGCUUGGCACAAUUUGGAGAGCAGCUUCUGAUGGUUCGGAGGAACACGCCGCCAUGUUCGACGACAACAUGGAGGCGUGGUGCACGCCACCAUCGGCAACCUCUAUCAAACAUGUCAUGACAAGCUUCCAUUAUUAAGUCUCUGAUUGUAGUGUGUGUGUAUGUAAUAUGUUUAUAUGCUCUGUAAAUGCUUUUUGCUUUUAAACCUGUAAUUAUUGUUAAUGAACUGAAACAGAGGAAUAAAUAAAGAACUGCAAUAAAUUAUUCUACUUAACAACA